GAAAAACAACGAACGGUUUCAUGAAACGGCAAUAGACGGCAAACUUCGACACUUUCUCCUUUAUCUGCCUAAUUUAGCCUCCUUUGAUUUUAUAUAAUUCUUAGUUUCAAGGUUUCUUGAUUGAUAAGAUCAAAAUCAAAGAUAAAAAAGGUGUAAAGAAGAAGAAGAAGUGGUGAUUGAUAGAUAGAUAGAUAGAUAUGGCAACUGAAAGCAAACAAAGUGCGGUGAAAAUGAAGCCAAGAAGUAGUAAUUUUGAUGGUUCCAAGGGAAAGAUUGAAUCUUCAAUGAAAGUUAAGAGAAUUGAGAUCUCAAGCAAACAGAAACAACCUGUUGUUGAUUCAAUGAACAAAUCUGUCUCAGCUGUAACUACUAAAACUGAGGUAAAAUCAAAAUCACCAUCGAGUUCGUCAAGAACCACAACGACAACCACAACUACUAGAGUGAGGCAGAAGAAAGUAUUCUCCUUGCCUGGUCAGAGAUGUGAUCCUCCUGAAGAGAGAGAACCACUUAGGAUAUUCUACGAGUCAUUGUCUAAACAGAUUCCAACCAGUGAAAUGGCAGAAUUUUGGAUGAUGGAACAUGGCUUACUAUCCCCAGAGAGGGCCAAAAAGGUACAUGAGAGGAAACAAAGAAAGCAAAAAAUGCAACGUCUGGGAACUCCCAUUAAAUCUACCAAUCCAUCCACUAGUAGACCUAAGAGUUCUCAAAUGCAGCAACAGAUAUCAAAGAAUGGUGACCUUAAAGCCAAGAGGAAAAUCAGCAUUGACAGUGAUGAUGACGACUUCAUUUUAAGUCACAAAAGAAGUAAAGGGUAAGAAAUAAAUGUUCCGUUGGUAUGUGUAACAUGUUUCUAGAAACAUUUCAUUUAAAUCUGUUUUCUUUGAACUGCAUAGCGGCAAGUGUUCUAGACAACUUGACAACCGAUAAAUUGAGACAUUCUUGUAUUUUCUAACUUAUGGAAACAAUAAAUGUAGAUAUAUUUCCCUUA